AUGGCAGAUUAUAUCGUGUUUAUUUUUCCCUAUUAGUUUAUAGGCACAGCUUCUUAUACACCUGUUAUAUUAACCAAAUUAAAUCCUACGUCUACCAUACAAAUAAGCUAAGAUAUAAGCUAGUUUUCGCUAGCUUAAUCAAAGUAUUUUAAUCCUUAUUACUACAUUUAAUAUUGGUUUUGUGUGGAUUCAAAAGGUAAUGUUUGUGUGGAUAAAUCAAAUUAAACUUUGAAAUUAACUCAAAAUGGAAGCAAUAUUGUUGAAAUUAGCCAGUACUCUUUACUUUUGAAUACACAAUACACAAUUUAUUAUUAGCUAAUGAGUUAAAACUUUCCUUUUAGUAAGCAAUAUGCCGCUUAUUAAAUUGAUACUGGACAGUCAUAUCCGUUUGCAUUGGUAUAAGGAAUAAUACCAUCUGCAACUAAAACUGUUCAGGUUAAUUUACAAGAUGUCGUAUAUAUUAGCAUACAGCUUCAUACAGAUUUUCCUUACAGGAUAAUAUUUGCAUAAUUCUAAAUUACAUUAAGCUAUAAUAAUGUUUAGCACAGUAUAGCAUAAGUUUCAAAUUAGUUUUCUAUUAUCUUAGAAGACUAUUUUCCUUCACCAGAUUUUACAUAGACAGUAUCCGUCAGUUUAAAAUAUUAGAUUUAUGAUUAAAUCUUACAAUAAAGCAUUCCUACGCCAAGCGGAAAUCAGCCAUAAGUUAUAUAUGUCAGAGCACCUCAUUCCCCAGUCUAAUUACAAAUAAAUCAAUAGCCAUAUGUAUCGUUUUAAGAUAAAGUGAAUGUUAUAUUUAAUCCUACGGACAACAAACAAUUAUACUAAUUUUUCUACUACAACAAUCAAACAGAAUAUUAAUCAGAAAUUUAAUUUCCUCUUCAACCUAAAAAGAAAAUGCUUUCAACUUUAUCUGCUAUCUAGUCUAUGAGCUGCCUUUUACCAGCGGGAAAUAUUAUUGUUAUUGGAGUUUUAUUUGAUCCUAGCACUUACUAGUAUACGAAUACUAUAAUUGGAGCAAUUGAGUAAUAUGAGGCUACUAAUAUUUCCCCUCAGCUAAUUAAUUAAAUAAAAACAUAGAUGCUAAAUAGACUGAUGUAAAGUUAGUGGAAUUAACAAAGCUUUUUAGAUGUAGCAAACACUUAUAUGUUGCUAGUUAAAUUAAAUGAGAAUUUACAAAUUAUCAGCGACUCCGAAAUUGUUUAAUACACAAACUUAAUAAUGAAUGGAUUUUUAUACUUGAUUUAAACAAACCAAUCUCCUAUUGAUUUUCCUACUCCUUAGGCUAGUCUCCUUAUAGAAAAUAAUGAUUUGCUAAUGUUUUAUAAUAAUUACUACACUUAAAUUGCUCAAACUUUAGACCCAUUUUCUUCUUCAAAUUAUAAUAUGUAUGUAACUAUUUCGACAUGGUAGAACACCACUUAUUUAUAUAGAAAUGAACUCUCCCAAUUAAAUACGCAAUACUUAUCAAAAGUCAAUUCAACUGUUUAAGAAUUAUUAAAAAGAACUUAUCCAAUUAAAAUACCUAGAGUUUACACUAAUGAUAAGCCCAAUGCUACAUCUAAUAGUCUAAGAUUACUGCAAUCUCAGAGCGUAAAUGUCACCAGUAAUUUUACUUUAGACUUUGGAACAAUUUCACCAGAAGAAAAACUUUAAUGCAUUUAGCGCUCGUCAUCAGGACAUUGGGUGCACAGUAGCUGCUAAACUCAUAUUGAAGUAAUAAAUAACAAAAAAAACAUAAAGUGUGUUUGUCAAACUCCUGAUGUAACUUCAGUAAUAGCUGAUAUUACUCAAUUAAUCGACAAUCAAAACGUUUAAUUGAUUUUUAGUGAUAAUGGCAAAGAUAGAAUUUCUAAGUUGAACAAUUGGUAUGAGUACAUAUCUAUAUGGACCAUGAUAGGCUUAAACGUAGCUUAUUUAUUACUACUAUGUAUCUCGUACAAGCUUGAUAAAUUAGAUAAAUCGAAGAUCAACUAAAUUUUAAAUAUCAUAAACUCAGUUGCAACAACUGAUGAAGAAUAAGCGAUAAGUCAAAAAUUAAGUAUCAAAAAAAAAGUAUCUCUAUUUUUAUAGAUAAAAAUGAAAAAAGCAAGUGAAUACAUCAAUCGUAAUGAAGAGCAGAGUGAAAAAAUAAAUUCAGAAACUAAAUAAUAGUAAUAAGAAACACAGUAAAUUUUAACAGAUAGGAAUGUUUUUGAUAAAAUGUACUCACAAGAAAACGAAGAUUCUAAUUCUCAUCAAAAUACAUAAAGAGAUUAAAAUGAUUAUUAAGGAAGCCAAAUUAAACUUAAUACAAAGAGAAGCAGCAUAUUCAAUAAAAAAAAGAGUGUAUUUUCAAACAUUUUACUGAAUACUAAAAAUACACCUGAUUUGUAGGAGUUUUAGUAAGAAAAUACUGAAGAAUAAGAACUAAAAAGUCAACGAAAGAAUAAAAAAGAAACAAAUUAAAAUCUUAUUGAAAAUUAAGAAAAAUAAAGUUAGGCGAUAUCGGAUAACAAAAUAGUAGCAUUUUAAGACUUGUUUAAUGAAAAAAAAGUAACUAAAAAUAAAGAAGAAGAAAUAGGAUCAAAUUAGGAAUUUGAUAAAAUCUAAAAAAUAAUAAAUAAUGAAAUAGCACAUAGAAAGGGUACAUAUCAAACAGAUUAACUUAAUGAGUUUUCUAACAACUAAAAUAACUAAAUAAAUACAGGAUUCAUGAUUGAUGAAAUACCAUUCGAAUUUCCUUAAUCUCCAUUAAACAAAGAAAGACAUUUAUUUGAUAUUGAAGUAAAUUCUAACUCUUAAAAUAAAUCAAUAAAAAUUGAAGACGCUUUGGAUAAAAUCGAUGAAAAGAAUAAUUAGAAUUAAAAUUAACAAGCAAAUUAAAAGCAGAAAUAAAAUGAUUUAAAAAAACAAUAAAAAGAAGCUAAAAGAUAGUAAAAAGAAUAAGAAAAGAUGAGAAAAAAGUAAGAAAUCAAAGAAAAUAAAGAAAAAAUGUAAAUGAAAAAAUAGAUGGAAGAGGAGAAAAAGCAAAACCUGAAAAAAGAACAAAAACAAAAAGAACUAGAGAAAGAGAAUUUAUCUAGGCUAAAACUAAUCGAAUAUUUAUAUAAUGAAAAACAUUUUAUAUGCAUUUUAGCUUUCCAUCACCUAUUUCAAAUAUUUAUAAUUUACAGUGAAAAACAAUCCAGAUUCCUGAGAUUUCUAAUUUACUAUAAUAAAGUUGUUUGGAUUUUAACUUUGAAUGCAUUAUUUGGUAAGAAUCUAAGCGUUGUCCAGAUAUUAUUUUUAAGUUUAAUAACAACAAUAAUUCUUUAAAUUUUAAGCGCACUUAUUUCAAUGCUACUAAAAUAUUAAAAAAUGAUGAAAUUUGGAUUAUUUAUCUCAUUCUUAUUCUGUUCAUUUUGUUAUUACAGUAUUCUCGUUGUAAUAUCUGGUGAAGAUCCUGAAGACUCUAACAAAUGGAUUAUUUCUUACUUUAUUACUUUUGCGCUUAUUGAGUUAUUUUUUGGAAUUGGAUUAUCUACUUUAAUGUACUUUGCUUGUAAAAAAGCAAUACUUAAAUUAUAAACUAAUACAUUUUUAAAAUUGAUGGGAGCAAAACCAUUAUUAUUAGCACUAAGUAGUUGA